AUGCAUCUGGAUCUUGUUGGCCCAUUACCAUCUUCCCAAGGCAACAAGUACAUACUGACCAUUAUCGACAGGUUCUCCCGCUGGUUCGAGGCCGUGCCCCUGCCGGACAACACUCAUGAGCAAGUGGCCCGCGCAUUCGCGUCUUCCUGGGUCUCAAGGUACGGCGCCCCGCUCAGGCUCACCACGGACCGCGGUAGGCAAUUUGAAUCCCGUCUAUUCCGGAGCCUGGUUACACUUCUGGGCUCCAAGCAUAUCAGGACGACUGCGUACCACGCCGCAGCGAACGGACUCGUGGAACGAUGCCACCGCCAACUUAAGGCCGCUCUCCGAUCCUAUCCGUCACCAAACAACUGGACUGAGCAUUUGCCAUUUAUCCUGCUUGUCCUCCGAUCCGUCAUCCGCGAUGACCUAGGAUGCACCGCUGCGGAGCUGCUCUAUGGUACCACCCUGCGCUUACCAGGAGAAUUCUUUUCAUCCUCACCCCACGACGCUGAACCCACCGUCGAAUUCGUCGAGCGCAUGCGACGAAGCAUGGCACAGCUCCGCCCCACCGCUACGAGGGCCUCCGCGUCCCGACCCACAUAUAUCCCCAAGGAAUUACAGACUACCAAGUUCGUCUUCCUGCGCCAUGACGCUGUCCGAAAGCCUCUGCAGCGGCCCUACGACGGACCAUAUGAAGUGAUCGAGCGUGGGCCGGCCACCUUCAAACUUAAAAUCGGCGAUCGCCUGGACACAGUAGUAGUAGUGUAUCAGCUCAAGUAUCCGGAAACUCACACAGUCACCUGGACGCCAUUAAUUAGCAAUUAG